AUGCCCCUGCAGGACGACACCCUCCGAGAGGUGUGGGCCUCGGACAGUGGACACGAGGAGGAAAGCCAGAGCCCGGAGGUCCAGUCGCGCCUGAAGCAGCGACCCGUCAAGGGGCAGAAGUUGAGGAAGAAGAGGACUGAGGCCCCGGAGUCCCCGGGCCCUAAGGGAUCCAAGUCCCGGAGACCUGGAGCCGGGCGGAGGGGGAAGCCGCGGGAGGAUCCGGCCCCGCAACCCCCAGAGGCCCGGCCGUCGCGCACCGUCUACGCCAAGUUCCUCAGGGACCCCGAGGUCAAGCGCGACCCGCGGGAAACCUUCCUGGUAGCGCGAGCCCCGGACGCGGCCGAGGAGGAUGAGGAGGAAUCAGACGAGGACCAGGAAGAGGAAGAGGAGGCAGAGGAAAAGAAACAGAAAACCCCUCUGCCACCCAAAAAGCCUAAAGAGAAGACUUCUGCGGGUAUCAAGGAGAGGAAGGCCAAGGCCCAGGGACAGAAGGGGGACCUGGGAAGCCCUGUCCCCCCAGCCAAACCUCUGCGCCUUAAGAAGAAAGAGGCACCAGCGGGGGAGGGGCCCAGGAUGAGAAGGACGAAGAAGAAAGGGUCUGGGGAGAAUGACAGGGACCCCUCAGGGAGCCCGGCCAGAGUGAGAAAGAAGACUCCAGCAGCCUUGUUUCUGGUCCGGGAAGAAGGCUCAUCUGAUAAAGCUCUGAAGAAGAAAGGCACUUCCAAAGGCCCAGAAGAGGAGAGGAAGGAGGACGAGGAAGAGGAGGAAGAAGGGGCAGCCGUGGGGACCAAGAACAGCAAUCAGAAGGGCAAAGCAAAAGGAAAAGCCAAAAAGAAAGCGAAGGAGGAGAGAGCCCCAUCCCCACCCAUGGAAGUGGAUGAGCCCCGGGAGUUUGUGCUCCGGCCUGCGCCCCAGGGCCGGACAGUACGCUGCAGGCUGACCCGGGACAAGAAAGGCAUGGAUCGGGGCCUGUAUCCCUCCUACUUCCUGCACCUGGACACGGAGAAGAAGGUGUUUCUCCUGGCUGGCAGGAAGCGGAAACGUAGCAAGACGGCCAAUUACCUCAUAUCCAGCGACCCCACCAAUCUGUCCAGAGGAGGGGAGAAUUUCAUUGGGAAGCUGAGGUCCAAUCUCCUGGGCAACCGCUUUACCGUCUUUGACAAUGGGCAGAACCCGCACCGUGGAGGAGGCAGCACUAACGUAGGAAGCCUUCGGCAGGAACUGGCAGCGGUGAUCUAUGAAACCAAUGUGCUGGGCUUCCGGGGACCCCGGCGCAUGACGGUCAUCAUUCCUGGCAUGAAUUCGGACAACGAGAGGGUCCCCAUCCGGCCGCGAAAUGCCAGCGAUGGGUUGCUGGUGCGCUGGCAGAACAAGACACUGGAGAGCCUCAUUGAGCUGCACAACAAGCCACCUAUCUGGAACGAAGAUAGCGGCUCCUACACACUCAACUUCCAAGGCCGAGUCACACAAGCCUCGGUCAAGAACUUCCAGAUUAUUCACGCCGAUGACCCGGACUACAUCGUACUGCAGUUCGGGCGCGUGGCGGAGGACGCCUUCACUCUAGACUACCGCUACCCGCUGUGCGCCCUGCAGGCCUUCGCCAUCGCCCUCUCCAGUUUCGACGGGAAGCUGGCCUGCGAGUGA